AUGACUGCGCCCACAAUUUUCCGUGUAGAAAAGCAAAUAACAUUUGACAAUAAAGCACACAGUGGAAGGAUAAAAAGUAACUUAGAUAAUGAUGUUGGAAUCCAAGAAUGCAGAGACUGGCAUGUGUCUGGAUCUGUUCAAAAAAAUACCCAUUACAUGAUGAUUUUUGAUGCUGCUGUUAUUUUGGUCUGCUUAUCUUCUAGAACUCUGUGCAUUCGCUCUGUGGUUAAAGGGAUUUUACUUCAAAGGGAAUAUGUAAACUUUGUCCAGCAUCGUUUUACAAGGACUGUGUCCUCUGCUGACCGCAUGGAAUUUGUCAAUGGCUGGUACAUUAUGAUAAUCAUCAGUGAUGUUUUGACAGUUAUUGUCUUAAUCUUGAAGAUGGAGAUCCAAGCAAAGAGUCUCACCAGUUAUGAUGUCUGCAGUAUCCUCUUGGGAACAUCCACCUUAUUAGUGUGGCUUGGAGUUAUUCGCUACUUGGGAUUUUUUAAGAAAUACAAUCUGCUGAUCCUGACACUUAGGGCAGCCUUACCUAAUGUGAUGCGAUUCUGCUGUUGUGCAGCAAUGAUCUACCUGGGCUACUGCUUUUGUGGCUGGAUUGUGUUAGGCCCUUACCAUGUAAAGUUUAGGUCCCUGAACAUGGUUUCAGAGUGUCUUUUCUCCCUUAUGAAUGGAGACGAUAUGUUUACCACAUUUUCAAACAUGCAGCAGAAGAGCUACUUGGUUUGGCUGUUUAGUCGCAUUUAUUUGUAUUCCUUUAUAAGUCUCUUCAUAUACGUGGUUCUAAGUCUCUUCAUUGUACUCAUAACUGAUACAUAUGAUACAAUCAAGAAUUACCAAAUCGGUGGCUUUCCAGAAUCUGAACUUCACACAUUUGUAUCUGAGUGCAAAGAUUUGCCAACCUCUGGUCGAUCUAGGGAAGAAAACAAGGCCUCCUGUUUCUCUAUGCCGUGUAAAAAACAGAAACACUUCAUCAAUGACAUUUGGAAAUCUGCAAGAAGAAACAACAUUUAA